ACAGUUGAAAAAUUGUUCCUUUAUUAAUUUUUAAAGCAAAACAUCAUAAACAACUAAUGAAACUAGUUCCAAGAAAGGAAAAAAAAUCUAUAACCUUCACCUCAAUUUUCUCCGAAGCUACUCUCAUCAACAUGGAAACAACAACCCAAUUUGAGAAACUGAAAGAAGAAGAAAAAGUAGUAGUGGAAGAUGAAAUUGUUGUGAUUCAAACACAGCCAGAAGAAGAAGCUCACCCUUAUGCGUUUCAUGUUUCUGGUCCUCGAAAUCUGGUUAAUCUUAACUGGAGAGAUGUUAUCAGCUCUAGUUGGAAGGAUGCGAAUUAUAAGAGAACAGUCAUUGCUUGUUUUAUUCAGGCGGUAUACUUGCUUGAACUCGAUCGACAAGAGAAUCGACAACCAGAAAAUGCUCUAGCGCCGAACUGGUGGAUUCCCUUCAAGUACAAGCUAACAAAAACACUGAUAGAUGAAAGAGACGGUUCAAUUUUCGGCGCAAUACUCGAAUGGGACAGAUCCGCGGCAAUGUCUGAUUUAGUAUUAAUCAGACCAAGUGGGGCACCGAAAGCUGUUUUAGCACUUAGAGGAACAUUACUCAAAAGCCUCACAAUGCGAAGAGACAUAGAAGACGACCUUCGGUUCCUCGCUUGGGAAAGCUUAAAAGGUUCCGUAAGAUUCAAAGUAGCUCUAGAAACACUAAAAGCAGUUUCCAAUGCAUAUGGAAGUAGCAAUGUUUGUGUAGCAGGACAUUCAUUAGGAGCUGGUUUCGCACUUCAAGUUGGAAAAUCACUAGCAAAAGAUGGUAUCUAUGUAGAAACGCAUCUAUUCAAUCCGCCGUCUGUGUCAUUAGCUAUGAGUCUAAGAAACAUUGGCGAAAAAGCUGAGUUAGCUUGGAGGAGAAUCAAAUCUAUGAUUCCUUCACGCAACGAAGAAGUUAAUAACAUCAAGAACGACGAUACCAACAAGAAGAACAAGAAUUGGAUGAUGCCGUGGUUAACUAGCUUGAAGAACAAUGGUUUUGGCGUUGGAAAAUGGGUUCCUCAUCUUUAUGUGAACAAUAGUGAUUAUAUAUGUUGUUCUUACAAUGAACCUGAUAGCUCAAAUGAGAAAAAAGAUGGUGGUGGUGAUAAUAAUAAGGAGAAUGUUGGUCCGAAUAACAAUGGUUGUCAUGUUUCUGCGAAGUUGUUUGUUGUGAAUAAGGAAAAGCAGAAGUUUCAUGAAGCUCAUGGAUUGGAACAAUGGUGGUCUAAUGAUUCUUCACAGCUUCAGCAGACUAUUCAUACUAGUAAACUCAUAAGCAGGCAACUUAAAUCUUUGUAUACAGGUGGUGGCGGUUCUUCUUCUCAAAUCUUGCAGGGAAAGCCAAGUAAAUAAGGAUUUGAUCACAUUGGUUACAAAAUGAAUUCAAUUAUAUACCUUUUUUGGUUGUGCAAGUGUUGAUAUGUGAUAAUAUUUUCAUUUGGUUUUUCUGGUUUAUAGUUUUGGACAAGUUGGAGGUUUUUAUUAUCUUAUAAUAUAGUAUCCAAGUCAUUGUACUUAUAAUUGCAGUUUUGAAGUCUCAAACUAAGAACAUGAUCUGUUUUACUUUGUGCA